GAUAAACAUGACAUCGCAUGUAAUUCUUCUUCUUCUUCUUCUGGUUGUCACUGACCUGGUAGCUUCAGACUCAUACUCAAUCAUUAAAACACUGCCAGGCUUUCCUGGUAAUCUUCCAUUUAAACUCGAAACUGGUUAUAUUGGAGUGGGCGAUUUGGAUAACGAGCAGUUAUUCUAUUACUUCAUUGAAUCCGAAAGGAGUCUUGAAGAUGACCCUAUUUUGCUUUGGCUCACCGGAGGCCCUGGUUGUUCUGGCUUUUCUGGCCUUGUCUAUGAAAUUGGUCCAUUGUCCUUUGACUACAAAAAUUCCGUGGAGGACUUACCAAUAUUUGUGUUGAAUCCAUAUUCGUGGACAAAGGUGGAUGAUUAAUUAAUUCGCUUCUACCUAUAUAUAUUUUUAUUAAAUUGACAAAUAAAACUCUUUUUAUCAUCGAUCUUAUUGUAUAUAUUCAGGUUGCCAACAUAAUAUUUUUAGAUGCACCCGUUGGCACUGGAUUCUCUUAUGCCAAAAGUUGGCAAGGAUAUAACAUGACCGAUACAC